CGUGGACCCGGAGCUGACGUCACCUGAAGCGGAAAUGGGAGCUGGAGAGGUUUCCUUGGACAACUCCAUCUAGUGACCAGUGAUUGACCAGCAACCAGAGGCUGUCCUCCCCUCCCUCACUCCUCCCUGAUCUCUCUUGCUUUCUAUUUCUCUCUUCCCCCUCCCCCUCCCCCCCUCUCUUUCUCCCCUCCCCUGUCAGGUUAACCAUGAGUGGAGCAGUGCUGGGCAUCGAUAUUGUGGCUGUUUUCUUCCUGGCCCUGUUGGUUCUCUAUCGCUACGCCGACUUCAGGAAGCAACAUCGUCUGGUGAUCGUUGCCACCCUCUUGGCCUGGUACCUCUGCUUCCUGAUUGUCAUCAUCCUGCCGCUGGACGUCACCACGACUAUUUACAGACAAUGUAAAGUUGACAGCUCCAAGGUCUCACCCACAGCAGCUUCCAACUCCACAAAGGCUUUCAUAGUGAGCAACAUCAACUCCUCUCACAGUGACCCCAAUUCCCAGCUGCCUCAGGAAUGCUUUAAGCCCUGGAGUUACAUCCCAGAUGGAAUUCUGCCUGUCUUCUGGCGUGUGGUUUACUGGACAUCCCAAUUCCUGACCUGGCUUGACGCAGGUGUUGCUUUUGUUGCAGGAUUUUUGCUGCCCUUUAUGCAGUCCUACGCUCGCUCAGGGGACUUCUCCAUCACCGGGAAGAUUAAGACAGCGCUGAUUGAGAAUGCUAUCUACUACGGAACCUACCUGCUGAUUUUUGGAGCACUCCUGAUCUACGUGGCUGUGCAUCCCGGCCUGAGACUGGACUGGUACCAGCUGCAAACCAUUGGUAUCACAGCUGCCAACACCUGGGGCCUGUUCCUGCUGGUGCUCCUGCUGGGAUAUGGGCUGGUGGAACUGCCCCGCUCCUACUGGAAGGCAGCUCAGCGCGGACACCUGCUGGCAAAGGCCCAGUUCAAGGCAGCCAAGCUCAUGACUGAGAAGGUGGACGCAGAGGAGACGCUGGAGGAUGUGAUGGAGGAGGUGAGGAAGCUGAAUGACACCGUCAAAUACAACCACCCCUUGAGGAAGUUCGUCGAUACCAUCCUCCGCAAGUGUCCUACUGAGUACCAGGAGAGGAUGGGCAGGAACAUGGAUGACUAUGAGGACUUCGAUGAGAACACAAACAGCUACCCGAGCGAGAGGAGCUUGGUGAAGCUGCACAAACAGGUGAUCUACGCAGUGCAGAGACACCAGCGGACACAGGUGCAGUGGAGGAUGCUGCUGGAACAGGCCUUCUACCUGGAGGAUGUGGCCAAGAACCAGACCAGCAGCAGCCAGCAGUUUGUGCCGGCCUUCCAGAGCACCGAGCCCAGGGGGUGGUUCACCCACUACAUCUACACCCCCCGUGUCGAGUGGUACUGGGAGUGCGUGCUGCGUGCCUGGUGUUACCGGGGCCUGGCCCUGCUGCUGGCUGCCUUCUCGGUGGUGGUGGUGUGGUCUGAGUGCACCUUCUUCAGCACCAGGCCUGUCCUCUCCCUCUUCGCCAUCUUCAUCAGCCUGGCCGAGUCCACCUACAACUACCUACACAUCCAGAUGGCCUGUUUCAUCAGCAUCUCCUUCCUGAGUAUCUGCAUCUACUGGACGGUAUUCCGUAUCCGAGUGUUUAACUACUACUACCUGGCCGCUCACCACCAGACCGAUGCCUACAGCCUGCUCUUUAGUGGCAUGCUGUUCUGUCGACUGACCCCACCGCUGUGUCUCAACUUCCUUGGACUGAUCCACAUGGAUUCCGUGAUUUCACACCAGGUCCGGGAGCAGACAGCAUACACCUCGAUCAUGGGCUCCAUGAAGGUGAUCUCCUUCAUUGCCGACGGGUUCUACAUUUACUACCCCAUGCUGGUGCUGAUUCUCUGCAUCGCCACCUACUUCAGUCUUGGUAGCCGGUGCCUGAAUCUCCUUGGAUUUCAACAGUUCAUUGGGGACAACGAGAUGACCUCUGAUCUUGUGGAUGAAGGGAAGGAGCUUAUUAAAAGAGAGAAGAGGAAGCGGCAACGGCAGGAGGAGGGGGCGACACGGCGCCGGGUGUGGAAGGAACGUUACGGGAACCAGAACACAGAGCCGGUGAGGAACCGCAGCCAUUGUGACGCCCCUGACUCAUCACUGGCCCCAGCUCGCGGUUCCACCAAGUACGCCAGCUCCACCCUGCAGGACACGGAUUGUACGGAGCUGCUGCAAGAACCCGACUCCAUGGAUUUCAAUGCGGAUUCCUUCACGGACAGCGGCACGGAGCAGGGCGCAGAGCUGGGGAGGUACCAGCCGACCGGGAGGUAUCUCUCCAUGUCUCGCAGCAGAAUUUUCGAUGAUGUCUGAGUAUGUUGGUACCUCACCCCCUCCCACAUCACCCUCCUCUGGGGUGUCCACCUUCCCUGCAGUCCUGCUGGGACAUGGUCGGUGUGGGGACACUGGGUGCCGGACGGUGUGGGACACUGGGUGUGGACUCUGCCUACCACCACCACCACCACCACCACCAUCCCUGCCCCCCGCCCCCCCCCCCCCCCCCCCGCCAACCAUCAGUCACAACCCAGUUCAGAACCCACCCUCAGCAGAUUCCCAACAGGACCCAGUGUCAACACAGAAACAUCCAGGAAUUCCUAAGCUAUACUGACCCCCCCACCCCCCCCCCACCCGUGAGGUCAUGCCCUUUGAUACUACUUGAGUGACUGGAUGUUUCCUUGUGUUGACUGGUGUUGGGGACCCUUGUUCUGGGGGUGAUCCUUGUUGGUGGGGCCUGACCUGUGGCAGACAGCUCUGUUGCUGCCGUUCUAUUGCACUUUCCUGCUGUAGAAUGAAGGAUGCAUGGUGGCUUGUGCUGUGAUUAUCGUCUCUGAUUGCUGUCUUCAUAGCUCUGUUGUAAAGAAUCACUGUAAUUUAUUGGGUGUGUAAUAAAUGGCUGCUGUGUCCAA